UUUUUUACAGAGUUGAGACUGAAACAAACUCAGACAUCACAAGGUCAAAGUCAGAAACUUUACAGGACCACUACCAUGUGAUACUGGAGCAACACACAAGUUCUGUUAAUGAGACAUUUUUAACUUCUUGUCCUCACACAAGAUUUUGGUUUUACUCUGCUUCUUGUCAGCCUAGUUGGAAAUGGUUUCUAAAUUUCCAUUUUCAGCAAAAGCUGAAUAUUGGCUAUUGUUUUCUAUAUUUGUCAAUUUUUAUUUUAUUUAAAUUGCUAGUUACAACCUUCACAGAAACUCUUUAGUAAGCCAACUAUUUAUUAUUUAUUUAUUAUUUAUUAUUUAAGAUUAAUCAUAUUGAAAUUCAUCAGGAUAUGAACACAGUGUCGUGGUCCUAGUGUCUGCCCCCUCUCCUCUGUUUGUAAUUACGUCUCAUUGGUUGCAGGUGCUGUGAAACUGAACCACAUGGAGACUUUGAUGUUGAUUACCAACUUUAACAACAGACGUUGUGAUCUUGAAUUGAAGUCCUGUUUGCUGACUGCAGUCACAUGUGCUCACUGGUUUUGCCUGGUCUUCUGUGAAUCAUCCCUGUCAGCCCGCUCUGCUGAAGGAACCAUGAGAGGCACCUCCACCAACAUGCGGCUCAAGCUGCCGAUCACCUGCUUCAUCCUGGAGAUCAUCCUCAUCAUCCUGUUCUGUGCACUGGUGGAGUAUGACAAAGAGACAGAUGCAAAGCAGUGGCACAACUCGUCUGAUCACAACUACCAGAAUGAAUUCUACUACCGCUACCCAAGUUUCCAGGACGUGCACGUGAUGAUCUUCAUCGGUUUUGGUUUUCUCAUGACCUUUCUGCAGCGCUACGGCUUCAGUAGCGUCGGGUUCAACUUUCUGAUUGCUGCCUUUGCCCUGCAGUGGGCAACACUCAUGCAGGGCUUCUUCCAUGGAAUGCAUGGAGGCAGAAUCCAUGUUGGAGUCGAGAGCAUGAUCAACGCUGAUUUCUGCACUGGUGCCGUGCUCAUCUCAUUUGGAGCUGUUCUGGGUAAAACCAGUCCCGUCCAGCUGCUGAUCAUGGCGAUGUUUGAGGUCACGCUGUUCGCAGUCAAUGAAUUCGUGGUCCUUAGUGUUGUUGGGGCUAAGGAUGCUGGAGGAUCAAUGACCAUCCACACUUUCGGUGCUUACUUUGGUCUGAUGGUCACGAGAAUCCUGUAUCGACCCAACCUGGACAAGAGUAAACACAAAAACAGCUCCGUGUAUCACUCCGACCUGUUCGCUAUGAUUGGAACUCUGUACCUGUGGAUGUUCUGGCCCAGCUUCAACUCUGCCAUCACGGCUCACGGAGAUGACCAGCACCGCACAGCCCUGAACACCUACUACUCUCUGGCAGCCUGCACUCUGGCCACCUAUGGUUUGUCCUCCCUGACGGCUCACGAUGGCAAGCUGGACAUGGUCCACAUUCAAAAUGCGGCCCUGGCUGGUGGAGUUGCAGCAGGAACGGCUGGUGAAAUGAUGCUCACACCUUUUGGCUCGAUGAUUGUGGGUUUCCUGGCUGGAGUCAUCUCUGUCCUGGGCUAUAAGUACCUUUCGCCAAUCCUGGAGGACAAACUGAAGAUCCAAGACACCUGUGGGGUGCACAAUCUGCACGGCAUGCCUGGGGUGUUGGGAGCAAUUGUGGGGGCAGUCACUGCUGCUCUGGCAUCUGUGGACACUUAUGGAUCUGGUAUGGAAGAUGUGUUCCCUGAUGUGGCCAGUGGAGAAAUCCAGGCGUUCUCCCAGGGUGUCCGUCAGAUUAUUGCCCUUGCCGUCACCCUCGGCAUCGCCCUGGUUGGUGGGCUUAUUGUUGGUUUUAUUUUAAAGCUUCCUAUCUUUGGUGCUCCCCCAGACACCAUCUGCUAUGAGGACAGCAUCUACUGGGAGGUGCCUGAAGAAGAGGAAGGUCAUGGGAACCAGCUGACUGCUGUGAGGGUGUCUGAAGAGACUAAGAAGCUCAACGCAUAGACACAAACACACACACACACACACACACACACACACACACACACACACCGAGACGCACAUGUAGACAAACACUGGUAUUUACAAUCAAUAGGUCAUUUAAAAACAAACAUUUGAAGUUGCCCAAUUUCUUACUGACACCCUCCUAAUGACCACUAGAGGUCGGUGAGUAGCUGCAUCGGCUGCUGUGGUACCUGAUGUCUCUCUCCUUCAUUACUGGCCCAGAAAAUAGUCACAGCAUCUAAUGACCAAAGACAGCAAAUGUUAUUCCAUAUUAUAUGGAAAAUAACAAUGUAUUUUUUUUAAAUAUUUCAUUAUAUUUUAAUAUAGUGGUGUAUGUUAUGGACAGAGUGUGUAUCAAUUUCCUUUUAUCAGGUUUGGGAUUUUCUGUGCAUUUUAUAUUUUAUAUUAUAUCUGAUAUUUUAUAUAUCAGCUUAGUGAAAAAACUGAUGGUGGUUAACUCUGACUGAAUCCAGAUCAGUAGAACAGGUCGUGAUCCAAGUGGGAGGGGCUUUGAUUCUUCGUGCUCAUCAUACUCAGUCUCUCAAGUGCCAUUCUAAAUGCCUCAAUAACUGCUGAGUCAGGAACGGCGUCCUGUGAAACAACGUGCAUAACGUAAUGUUUUUAAUUUUUGAAAGAGAAUAUUAAUGACAAAACGACCUGGACCAUGAGUAGAGAGGGUGAAGAGGCUGUGAUAUUAACGUAAUACACGUUAAGGGCCUUGAGAAGGGUUUUUAGAGGAAUUAAUUGAUAAUUCUGUUGGCAAUUAUGGGGUGAACAGGAGUCAAAAAGUUGAUCUAGUGUCAUGUUUUUGCAUUAUUUUUUGUGCGUUUAUUAAUACGUUUUGGCCCCAAAGUGAAUGUUGUAAAAAGGUCAGUGUAAAAAUAUAAAGAUGAUUCCAGUUCUAUUAAAAAAAA